CAGUUAUGCCGACCAGCUCCAAGCGGGUGCCGCUAACAAAUCGAAACCCCGGUUCGAAUUCCGCACGCCGUUCUAGUGCUUGCGUUCCGCAGGAAGAAAGAAUAUAAACGGAAAGGAAAAAUAAAAAAAAAACGGGAGGAAAUAACCAAGCGGGGGUUCCGGGGAUGGGGUUUUAGAGAAUUAGAAAAAGAGGAAAGCGCAUUCGUUGUGGGUGGAUAAGAGAAAGGAAGGAAGGAAGGAAGGGAGGGAGGGAGGUAGGUAGGGAGGAAGGAGACUCACUUUCAUUUUUCUUUUAUACUUUUGCUAUACUUUAGAAACGAAACGAGAGCUUGAAGUAGGAGGUAACCUAAAUUCGAGGGUGGAACGGAGGGUGGGAGGGAGAGUUAUGGGGAUGAGGCGAGAGGAUACCGGUGACGGGAGAAGAGGGAAAAAAAUUAGGGCAAUAAAAAGAAAAUAAGAGAAAACAAGGAAAAAAAGAAAGGGGGAAGAGAGAAAUAAAACAGGGGAGCAGUGAUCGUCGUGUGAAAAGGAUUUAAAGAAGGAAAGUAAAGAAAAAACCAGAAAGAGAAAGUGAGAAAGAGAGAGAGAGAGAGAGAGCGAGAAGGAAGGAGACACGUGGAAGAAGAGACAGUGAAGAAGAGAAAAGGAGGAAAUAAAUAUAAAAAAAAAAAGGGAGGAAAAAGGGAAAAGACGACGAAGACGAAGAAGGCGAAGACAAAAAAGAAGAACAAGUGGAAGAAGAAAAAGAAGAGGAAAAAGAUACACAAGUCAGAAGAAAUUUCCUGUCAUCUCUUUCGAGUUGGAUUUUCCUGAUAAAAUUAAUACCAGGUGUAAAGAAAAGCGAAACUUUCGAUAAGAACGAAAAAGACGAGAGCGAUUGCUAGUUAACAGUGAAUUGAUUAAAAGUGUCAAUAAUCGAAACAUUCGGUUUAAACGAGAUUAUAAAUGAUAGAAGUAUGAUGGCGGGCGCUGGUGUUGGUGUUGGUGGUGCCGGUAUGUUAAGAGCAAGAAGGCGAGACGUCAGCGUUAAACCGAAUAGAAAACUCGAUCGGAAAUCCUCAAGGGGGAUGAUUUACGAGAACGAGGAGCUAAGAUUGAGAACCAUUCACAUCAACGCCGAGGUCGAACAAGGUCAAAUCGAUAUAAAGAAAUUGCGAAGGGAGAACGAGCAGCUGCGAAGAGAGAUAUGGAGCCUACGGGACGAGUACGAUAAGCUCGAGGAGAUACUAAAAAGACAAAAGAAUCAACCUGAAAGCGACGAAUCCGAGGAUCGCUCAGAGGAGGAUGACGAGGAGGAACUGCAUUCGGAUUAUUCAGACGAGAACGUGCACGAGGAGGAACCCGUGGGAGCCAGUGAUGAUAAAGAUAGGAGAACGCGUUUACGGGAUCGCGAGGAACAAUUAGAGAAUGCGGAGAAUCAAAAGAUAUCGACGGAAAAGAUGAACGGUAACAAUAAUAACUUGUUGCACCGUUUGCACGUUGAUUUCGACGAUCUAUCGGUGGUAGACGAGGAAGAGGAAUUGAAAAAGGAUAAGGAUAAAAAGUUUGAUAAUGUCAUUACAACGAACGAAGAAGGAAAUCAAAGGAAAUCGAACGUAAGAUUAUUCGAAACAAUUAGAAAAUUACACGACAAUAUACCAUUUUAUCCGGGUACAUACGAAUCCUGUCAAGGUUAUACAGAACCAAAUUAUUUCUCGGAUUGUCCAUUGUUCGAGUGUCCCAAUACGAUAGUCGAUCAAUCGAUACCUGGUAAUAACGUACCGACGGUUAUACCUUUCCCCUGUCCAAACCUAUAUGCGGAUCCAUUGAUACCCCUUAGCAAUAUGGAUUCACCAUUAUUAAAUCCAAUGAACGAUAAUAAUCAUCUAUCGGAUAUCCACGUUGUACCGCCUAUCGGUUGGCAAAACAAUAUGUUAGUUUCGGAAACGAAGCAAUUGUCAAGUUAUACGAACGUAUUGUCUACCGGUAUAUCGAAUGCGACUAUGGGAAUCUCCGAUUUCGAAAGAACGUCGCAAAUGGUUACUACCAAUAAUACUCAAAUUAUCGGUAACAAUUCGAAUCUAACGAUAGAUGAAAGUCAUUUCGAUUCUACGGAAAUUCAAGGUAAACAACAAUUUUCUAAAGGAUUGUUCGAGGAUUCGUCGUUGGCCAACGACGUAUGGGAUGACGUUGACUUACGAUCGAUUCAACAAAAUAAUCUGAAAGAUAAUGAAAGAAAAAUAAUCGGCGAUUGUAAUAUCGAGAACGAGGAGAAAGAUUCCGACGAGCCGUACUCGUACGGUGGUACUACUGCGGAAAAGCGAAAACAUUUUUUCGCUCCGUUGGCAACGUUGAAAUCGAAGAAAUUACUAGACGAGGAUUCACCAAAUAUCACUGGUAAUAAUUACUUUGGUACUGGUAACAGUUCUAGUAGCGGUAAAACAGUAUCCACGGUUAUAUGCGGUGGUAACAAUAAUCAAUUGUUAGGAAACCAUAAGGGUUCCGUUGAUGUUUGCGUGAACGGUGCUGUCUCCUAUGGGAAUAAUUUCGUUCAAACGAACAAGGACGACAUACAGAGAACGUAUCUCAGUACGGAGAAUCUCUCAAUUAUCAAAUCUAUACCGAUCAAUAAUCAAUUGAUCAAAUCUAUGUCGUGUCAGGAUUUAACAAGCGACAAUCAAAAUAUGAUGACAAAGCUCAACAAUAAUAACGAUAUAGGACAGAUGACGAUAAUGACCAAGAGCGACAAUACCUUGGACAAUUUUAACAUCGACAAUUCGACGACUAAGGCAUACAAAUCGCAUUUAAACGUGACGUUAAAGAUACCACGUAAGGAACGUGAUAACAACGUUAAUACACCGGAGAUCCCAAAGUUACCUACCUUGGAUUAUAGAAUUCUAACGAAUCCAUUUCUACGUAAUAUCGAACGAAUCGGUUUCGAGUGUCCCGAACGAGAUUCUCCAUUGACAAAACCACUUACCGUUCAAGUAAAUGAAAAUAACAUGAAUUACAAUUAUCCAAGUUCGCCGUUGUCGUCGUUACCGCUACCUCCGCCACCGCCUCCUUUGCCACCGCCGCCACUGCCACCGUCAACGAGUUUUGUUGCUCGAGGACUUCGACCUCCUAGCGAAAGAUAUCGUAGAAGGCAGGAUAACAUUGUGACGACCGAUCAGAAUCGUUUGUUGAUUCCUACCGACCAAUUGAUCUCUAAAAAAAAUCUAUCCCCGUCGACGCAGGACUUUCAAGUUACGUCCUUCGAAAGGCCGAGCCCUCAUACCCUCUUACCAUCGGCUAUGCCGUACGAUCUUGAAACCAUACGUAGAAUAAACGCGACGCGUUAUCUGCAGAAUCAAAAUCAGAAUCUUUAUCAGAACGUACCGUUUGUACCGUCCGGACCGACCGGUCACGUUUGUCACAACAUUAGAAUGUAUUACGAUCAGAUUAAGAACAAGGUACAAGCGCAAACGCAAACCUCAAUCGAUGGUGACUCUCAUAUAGAGGACGAACAGAUUGUUCGAUGUUCGCGUCAGGAUGAUGAUAACGUAAGUCUGCCAAAUACACCGAGUGUGAUUAGACGAAAACGCGCGAUAAAGAAGGAAAAAUUUGUAAUUAAACAAUCGAUAUCGCCGCACGCUCAAAGGAAAUUGAAAAAGCAGAGCAGCGUUACGUCGACGGAAACUACCCCGGAUUCACCUGACAAAUCGGUUAGAUGUCAUAGACCAAGGAAACUCAGCGUUACCACUACGACGACGUCCGAUGCCCUCGAGGAUAAGAACGAGAGUAGAUCCUCAUCGUCGGGACAAGAUUCACCGAGGAAGGAUCAAAUUAGACGGGUCUCGUCUUAUUUCAAUCCUAAGAAACGACCAUCCGUAACGUCGAUCAAAACAACCAGAAGCGCCAGCUUGGAAACUACUAGCAAGGAAAAAUAUUCCGAGGGUUUGAUAACGGCUAAUUCUGAUAAGGAAAUGUUUAAUACCGGAAAUAUCAGGGACAGUCUCGUUAAAUCGAGAAAAGGUAGUACCAGCAGUGGAAACGUACCCUGGUGUGCCUGUUGGGGUAAUGGUUGCAUUUGAUUUCAAUUUAUUCGGGCUAUGUAUGUACGUUUAUUUUUCCUUAUCGUUCAUUUUCUUUUCGUCGUCGUCGUCGUCGUCGUCGUCGUCGUCGUCGUUGUUGUUGUUUUUGUUUUCGUUUAUGUUGUUGUCGCUGUCGUUAGAAUAAAAUUCGAGAUAUAUCUUAAAGAGAUCAUUGACAUUGUAAUUCCAUUGUUAGAGUUUAAGGAAACGCAAAGGAAGUUUUUGAAUUCGAACGGCGUCAUGAAUACCAUUUUAAAAAUAGUUAGAAAGGGUUUGCCGUUAGACAUAUAUACAAAUGAAAACAUGGAAAAUCAUUCGACAUUCAAAUAUACGAGAGGCGGCUUCGGUUACGACACCGAAAUGGGACCACGAUAAAUUCAACAACGACGAGAGUAAACUAACCUCAACUAACCUCAACUAACCUCAACGUCACUUUACAAAGUAACUUUUCUAAGUAUAGGUUAUAUUCAAUGCGCACGUAUAUAUUACGUACGUAUGUAUGUACGUACAUAUUUCACCUAACGUGAAAUUGUGAAUAAAGUGUAUCAUAAAAUCAACACCGCACUUGGAUAUUAACCAUAAAACUAAUCUCGAAUCUGUGACUCGUUCGCGUUCGAAGUGAAUUGCAAACGCGUGUGCGUUUCUGUGUGUGUACGUGUGCGUUUGUCGAAACUUCCAAACAAGUAUUACCGUGAAAAUACGAACGAGAGUUUUGGAAAUAAGGAUCAAAGACCUUGUUGAAGAGUGUGAAAAUGUGAAAAAAAAGUUUUCAUGAGAUUCUGCUCUUUAUAUUUCACAAUUUACCAUAUAUAAAAUCUAAUAUUAUUUUAUAGCCGUAAAUGCGUAAGUGAUAUACAGUAUGUAUGUAUGUAGGUACACGUAUAUAUGUACUGGUACGUCAUAACGUAGAAUUUAAUAUUUGUUCUCCCUGGAGAAAAAAAAAUAUUCUAUGCAUUUAUGUUACUGAUAAUUUUAAUGAACGUUAUAGAGUAAUCAAAUAGGAUAAAAAAAAAAUUAUUUUUAUGUUAGAAUUAAUAACCUUCUCAUUUUAUACUUUGGGAACAUUUGAUCGUGCAAGUAAAUACGUGUAAAGAUAUCCAAAAAUUGUAUUCAUUCAUUUAUUCGAGUUCCAUUGAUCAAUUUAAUUCCCUUUCACUUUGUUCGCUUUAAUGCUCUACAAAUACGAAUACGAAUACGAAUACUGAUACGAAUACGAUACGAUCGAACGAUCGAUCAUCAAUAAAUCAAAGUUAUCUCCCAGUAGAAGUUGGAUUUUGGUGGAAGAGGAUUAUGUCCUUCUAUAAUCCAGAUCAUCGAUAAUUUGUUUCAUCACUAUGGACCAGGGUAAGAUCGAUCUCGGCGUACCGAAAUUUAUUAAUGUUCACCGACGUGAACGAGAGGAGUACUUUAUGCCCGAGGAAAAGUUACCGUAGGAACAUCCGGCUUGAAAACUUCGAGAGAGUACCGUUAAAACUUCCUUCUCCCUAAAGUUUCACUGCGGAAGUUUUCGUUUCCGCUUCAUUAUGAGUAUACGAAGAAGAAUGGUAGGGACUUGAAAUUAAUAAAAGAAAAACAAAACAAAACAAAACGAGACAAAACGGUAGGAAACAAAAAAAAAUAAUAAAAAGAAAAAUAAAAAGAAAUACAAUAAAUAAGGGGAAAAUAAAACAAAACAAAAAAAAACAAUUACUUUAUCCAUUUCACGUUACUUUCGUAAUCCAUUUUAACACCUCUUGUUUUAACAUCUUUGUUAAUAUAAUCAUCAGGAUAAACUUAUGGAUAAUUUAAUGGGUAAUUCGCCGUGAGAUUAUUUUGAAGAUAAUUAUGGUUAUCAGAUUUGAUAGUAAAAAAAAUAAAAAAAAUAAAAGAAAAAAAACAGAAAAUUCACCGUUGAAAUAUCAACCAGAAGCCACGUUACGUUUUAAAUCAGAUUUAAGAAAAGAAGAAGGAAAAAAAUGCAAAAUAAGAAAAACAAAGAGAGAAAUAGAGAUGAAUACUUCGUUAACAGUUUCGUUCGCAAUUAUCGUAACUAUCGUUUUUUAAAUAAAUUUCUCGCCAACCUCCAGUUCUCACUCCCAACCUCAACCCUCGCUCCUUCCCUCCUCUGUCCCUUUCUAUGACUCCGAAAGAAUUCACAAAAUUUAUGCAUCGCGUAAUAACGGGCCAUGAACGUAAAAUAAGAUUCGGGUGAGUAAAAUUCAUAAAGAUCCUUUAUGAAAAUUUUUCACCGUCUACCUGACCACCCCCCAAAUGUUCCCAACUACCCAAACUCUCCCCGUUCCCUUCUUCCUCACCACCAUCGUUAUUCUUCAUCUGGUUAACACCGAGUCGACUAGUAAAAGAUUUGUGUACCCUGUAGGAGCCCGUGGAGAGAAAGAAAAAAUAAAUGGAAUAAAAAACGAGAGAUAAAAAAAAAAGAAGAAUUAAAGAAAAAAAAAUGAUCGAUGAGACGAGGCUAUCCGUAAGGUGGUUACUAAGUAAAUUUUGUCAAGUGAACGUGUUAGACGUACCAACGACGUGUUAGAUGAAAUUGAGUCAGGAGAGAUGGUUCGGCUUUAAAGUGCCAUUAUCGGAAUCGUUGUAAAUUAAAUUACGAUCGAUAGAAGUCAAGAGUAGAUGUAGAAGAAGAACGAACGAACGAACGAACGAACUAACAAACGAACGAAGGAACGACAAAGAAGAGGAAGAGAGAGAAAUAGACCAAAGGAUUGGAUAGAAGAGAAGAGAAUAGGAGAGAAGAGGAGAGGAAUGUUGGAGAAGAUUUGAGCAGAGUUAGUAAAAUUCUCUUUAAUUCUCUCUCUCUUUCUCUCUCACACAUAUACAGACAUGAUACAGAAAGAGAGAGAGAGAGAGAGAGAGAGAGAGAGAAGUGAGUAGUAUGACUUUCAAUUUUAAUGGGAACAUUAUUUUUGCAAGAAGAGAAGGGUAAGCACAAUGCGCGCCAACUCGUUUUAGUGUCAACGUGGAAGACGAGAAGGGAGUGUGAAAGGGUAGGAAGGAGAAGGAGGAUGGAAAAGGGUGGCCAGGUCGCUUUCUCUCUCUCUCUCUCUCUCUCUCUCUCUCUCUCUCUCUCUCUCUCUGUCUCUCUUCGAAGAGAGUAGAGGCUCGGAUAGUGCAAUUAAAAUGCAAAUUAUCCCUUUCGCGGAGGACUCGUCCUUGCAACCCUACAACCCCCUGCUUCCUCUUCUCCUCCCCACUCCCAUCUACCGCUAUCCCACCCCAUUCCUCCUCACUCCCACCACGCAAUGUUAACGCCGUAACCGAUUAACUGGGAACUAAUUUACGAGACUACGUCGAGCCGAGUGAAAAUGAGACCGAACGAGAGAGCAAGAGAAACAGGGAGGGAGGGGGAGAGAGAGAGAGAGAGAGAGACGAAUAGAGAAAAUGACGUUUUGUCUGUCUCUUCAGGGAAAUUCGAAGCGAAGGUUAAUUCUGUUUCCACGACAUCUUCUUCCUUGAGAUUGAGCGCAAGCAUUAACUUAUUUCCAACGGCUAUGUUUCCAACCAAUCACAUUCUUCGAUAAUUUAUCUUUUCAAUGAAAUUAAUUCCUCAUUUUUUACUUAAUCGAUCGUACACGCUGACAAUGUUGUUAAUUGUAUUUUUAUUAUAUGUUUCUUUUCUUCUUUCUUUUUAACUUUCCUUUGUUUUCAAUGUUUUUCUUUUUUGUGUUUGUGUUUUUGUUCGAGCUUUUAUCAGUCAAGCGUUACGAUAGAAUUUCGUUUUGUCCUUUUUCUUCUUGCUCUUCUGUUUUUUUCUCUUUUUUUUUUCUCUUUUCUUUUUUCUUCUUUCAAUUCUCUUUUUCUUUUUUAUUGUAUUUUUGUUUCUUUUUGAUUUAUUUCUUCUUCUUCUUCUUCUUCUUCUUCACGAAUUUGUUCGAAUAAAUCCAUCCGUUCGAAACUCCGCAGAGGGAAUAGUAACCAAACAUACUAUUUAUAUACGUUCUGAUGAAUUUUUUUUUUCUUUUUUCCCCCUUUCCCUUCGUUUUCGUUUCUCCUCCUUUCCUUUUUCCAUAUGAAUGUUUCGGGUUAGAAGAGAUCUAAUGUCUUUUGAACGUUUCAAGUAAGGGAAUGAACGAUCGGCGAACUUUCGAAACACAGAAAGUAAAUAGUUUUCCUUGAGUAAAACGAAGUCGGUCGUUUGUACAUGGUAACAUUUCUUCUUCCGCGUACAGUGCACAGCAUGUAUAUACAUACAUAUAUACCUUAAGGAAAUUUUCCACGAUCUACUUCCGAAGUUUGGUGAAUUUUACGAAUCCCGUCAUCCCAGUGUCCUGCUGCUUGCUCUCCCUGUGUUCUCUAUUCUCGUCGUUACUUUUAUAUUAUGUACUUUAGGAGCAAUUCAUUAUUUAUUCACUUUUGGCUUUAACAUUGCGCGCACAUAGCGCCCAUCGUUGACGUUAACCUUUCGAGGAAUAUAAAAAAAAAAAAAAAAAAAAAAAAAGAAAGAAAAGAAAAGAAAAGAAUUUCCCUUAGAAAAUUUUAUUUCGCGUUCUACCGGUUUGAAAUAGUAUUCUUUAAAAAGAA